UGCUCACGCGUACCGUCCUCCCAUUACUGCUCACGCGUACAGUCCCCUCUUCUCCUUCUCUCUCUGUAUUGCGCGCAGGAACACAAAAAUCCACGCUCGAUUGGCGGAGCAAUACCGGGCGUGAAAUCCGUCAGCUUUAAUUCAAUUCGCUUUUGUUUGCUAGGUCUGUGAAAGGAAAAAUAUGUCAGGCAUGGAGGAAGUCAAAAAUCAAGCUGUCGGGGACACCGAAAAAUCCUUGCCAUCGUCCCAACAAGAGGAGGAAGUUAUUAAGAAAAAAUACGGAGGUAUUGUGCCAAAAAAGCCGCCACUAAUUUCUAAGGAUCAUGAACGAGCUUACUUUGACUCUGCUGAUUGGGCUUUGGGAAAGCAAGGUGUGGAGAAGCCUAAAGGACCACUAGAGGCACUUAGGCCGAAAUUACAGCCAACACAACAACAGACACGAUACCGCAAGUCCCCGUGCGCUCCAUCAGAAAGUGAAGAUGGAGCCAAUGCCUCCACAGAGGAUGCAACUACAAAUGAAUGAGAACCAUAGAGAUGUCCUUGUUCUUACCUGGGUGGUUUAUUGUUGGCCACAUUGUUGAAAUUGAGUAACCUUAUGUUGUUUCAGAAAUAAUAUAUGAUUUUCUGCGGAUGUACCUGUGUUGCUAUAUCUUUCGGAGUUUGAACAUCACCCAAUCUUGUUCUUUAUGUAGGAUAUUUUUUUACCCUACCAUUAAAUGAGAAAUGAACUUGUUAUGAUUUCCA